AUGGAUGAGAGACGCCUAACGAACGCGGAGCCGACCGCGAAGCGCAAGCGCCUUGAUGCGUCGUCAGCAUUUCGUCCCACACAGACAACACCAGGCGAUGGCUCCAGACCAUGUAGCCUGUCAAAGGAUGCGUUCACUGUAGGAUGGAUAUGUGCCUUGGAGGUGGAACUGGCUGCGUCUGUAGCUAUGCUCGACGAGGAGUUUCGCGAUCUCUCCUAUAUUCCGGGUGAUUCAAAUACCUAUACUCUGGGGCGCAUAGGAGAGCACAAUAUUGUUUUGGUAUGCCUUCCAGCAGGAACAACAGGUACGAAUGCUGCGGCGACGACAGCUACCAACAUGAUGCGGAGUUUUCCGAAUAUUCGCUUUGGUCUGAUGGUAGGUAUUGGAGGCGGAGCUCCGGGCAAGCCAAGCGAUGAUCCUCGUGACGAUAUCAGGCUUGGAGAUGUGGUCGUUAGCUGUCCAACGGUCGAUUCAGGUAACGAAUCCGGUCUUUCUGUUCCUUUAUUUUGGACUAACGGUAUCCCAGGCGGUGUUCUACAAUACGAUUUUGGAAAAACAAUGAGAGAGGGCAAAUUUGUUCAAACCGGCACACUGAACAAAACGCACAUAGAAUUGAGGACUGGCAUUUCAGUACUUCGAGCACGCCAUCGGAGGGAGUUCAGCCUAGUUUCAUUCCAUAUUGAAACUAUGCUCCAAUCCAACAGAAAAAUGCGCGGUUCUUUCGACCACCCGGGGUUGGAACAUGACCAGCUGUUCCGAGCAGAUUACGACCAUGCAGACGGCGAAUCAAGUUGCGAGACUUGCGACAGAGGAGCCUUGCUGGUUCGCAAGCCGCGCGUAGAUAAAGACCCUGCCAUCCAUUAUGGUCUCAUUGGUUCGGCUAAUCAAGUCAUGAGGCAUGGAAUGACCCGAGAGAAGCUUCGAAAAGAAAAGGGCAUACUCUGUUUUGAGAUGGAAGCUGCAGGGCUUAUGGAUAUCCUCCCUUGCUUAGCGAUUCGAGGCAUUUGCGAUUAUGCGGACUCACACAAGAAUAAGAGGUGGCAGCCAUAUGCGGCAGCGGCUGCUGCUGCUUACGCCAAAGAAAUCCUGUCUGUCAUCCCUCCAGCAGAAGCACCGCCAAUAUUCCCUAUGAAUAUUGAUACUAUACAUAACAUGCUUCAGUCUUUUAUUUCCGAGUCGAGUCUAGAGCAGUUGCUUCAACUUCUACCAGCACUGAAACAAAGCCAACGCAAAUCCGCAAUACCAGAUUUAGAUCCCCGGGAUCCUAAAUAUUCUUGGGUAUUUGAAAAUAUUGACUACAAAUCCUGGAGAUCCAAUGAUAGCCGGUUCAUCCUUUGUCUCUCUAGCCCUCUAGGCCACCACUUAUCUCAAGUUACAUCCUACAUCGUGGGCCAAGAGGAGAAGGCUAACCACCCUAUUCUGUACUAUUUCUGCUCACAGAUAACUGAUGACGAAGUUAACGACGGUGACCAAACUGUUGAAGGUCAAAAUAUUGAACUCGCCAGUGCCCUCAUUUACACUCUUCUGAAGCAAAUUAUUCUUCUUUCACCAGUAGAAAAAAGACUAUUAAUCAUGCGAAGUUUUUUCAAUGCCCUGCUGCAGAAAGUUUUCGAAAAAAAACCAAAUCAAAAUUGGACGCAACAUGGUUUCGAUGACAAUGAUCUUUCAAAGAGUUUGGGUGAUCUCCUUGACAAUACCGCAACGGAGGAUCAUUUAGCUGGGUUCCAGCUCACUCUGGAUUAUGCUAAACCACAACCCACCUUGAUUAUUCUCGAUGGAAUAGAAAAAGCAUACCAGGGUGGCCGGUUUCUUCACCUUAUUGGUGUGCUCAUAAAUGAUCUUCGACGACAAAGCUCAGCUAUCAAGGCAUUACUUGUAGGCCCGACAAUUUGUGAUAUUACUGCUCUUUCUCAAGAGAGUGUGUUUAUCGAGUAUGACAAGGAGCUCAAAGAGUGUUUAUCUAGCCUCCAGUUCGAAAACACGCGCUAUGAAAAGAUUGCACCAGAACAAAGCGGCUCCUUCGAGUGGCUUUGGGCGCAUGACGAGUACAAACGUUGGUCCAAUUCGGAAACUUCUCGUUUACUCUAUAUACAAGGAAAACCUGGUAGUGGCAAAAGCACCCUCGCCAAAUAUUUCGAUUCUAAUCUCCCAACUAGGGAGCCAGCUGCAAAGAAAGCUAUCGUGGCAAAGUUCUUUUACAGCUUCAGAGAGGGCGAACCUCAAAGGAGCCACUAUAGCAUGCUUCUUUCACUUCUGCAUGACAUCUUAUAUCAAGAGAAACCCUUCUUUUACCAUCAUUGUCAAGCCGAAUAUCGGGCUCAUCGUUGCUCUGGAGCGAAAUGGGACUACCAAUCUCUGAAACGAAUCUUGGUAUCACUACAAAACUACUAUUCAACACCAAAGCGAAUCUACGUUAUUAUCGAUGCAGUUGAUGAAUCUGAAGAGACAGACAGACGGGACAUUCUCAAUUUACUUUACAACUUAUGUUCCAAUAUAAAAUACUGUGUUGUCAAAAUCUUCAUCGCAAGUCGACCAGUAACACAGCUAGAAGCCCGCCGAGACCAGUUUCUGAAUUUUAUUAGGCUACAGGAUGAAACGACACUUGAUAUUUCCAAUUUCGCCAAUUCUUUGCUUCAAGGCCUUGAUCUUACUCGAGCGAUUGCAUAUAUACUUGAAAAUGCUCAAGGAAUUUUCCUUUGGGUCAAACUGGUUGGUGAGGAAUUAUUAAGAUUCCAUGAAGAUGGAUAUUCUGAACACGACAUAUUUGUUAUGCUUAAGCAGCUUCCGACGGAACUCGAAGAACUUUAUGAACUCAUGCUGGAUAAGAUGAGAAAAAACAAGUCAAGCCUGUCCUAUGGAUUGAAGAUGUUUCGAUUCAUUCUGUUUGCACGACGGCCUCUUAGGGUGAACGAACUUCUCCACAGUCUCGCCAUUCCAGACAAUACUGAAUCCACCUUGAUUUCUAACCUCACUGAUGAGAUUUUCGAGGAGAGAGUACCACUAUCAGAGAGAAUUAUUGUCUCUUGCGGUGGUAACUUCAUAGAGAUUAAACAACGGAACGAUGGACAUAGGGUAGUGCAAAUCAUACAUCAGACUGCCCUUGAGUUUCUCCGCGAUCCUCAUGGGGCGGUUUCAAAAACAGAGUUUCGCAUAGAUGAAGAACUUGCACACAUGUUCAUAGCCACAACUUGCAUUCGAUAUCUAAUGCUUUGCGCUGCCCACACCUCUCAACGAGUGGGGGUACCGGGUUCUGAAUAUCGAAUUGCUAACCAUUAUGACGAUUUAGCAGAGUAUCUCGAUAAAAGACCGCUGGCAUUCUAUGCUUCCCAUCAUUUAGAAUACCAUGCCAAUUGGUAUAUGAAAUACGCCAACCAGAAUUCUGAUACUCAAAAACUCGCAGAUCAAGUAACAUGUGACUGGAUCAACGACCCCUUCAAUUAUUUGUUGGAGAGCUGGUCUGGCUCACAUUUAGUGCCACUGGACCCGAAAGAUUUACAAAAUGGACUACUAAUUGCUGCUGCCAAAGGUGGACUUGAUGUCAUGGCCGAAAUAUUAAUAUCAGUUGGGGUGGAUGUCAAUAUCAAGACGGGGUCCGGCCGGACUCCUCUUUCAUGGGCCGCCGGCAACGGGCAAGAGCCUACCGUAAAGCUACUGCUUGACAAAAAAGCAGAUAUCGACUCUCGAGAUCAUUCUGGCCGGACUCCCCUUUCAUGGGCCGCCGGGAAUGGGCAAGAGUCUACCGCAAGGUUACUGCUUAGAAAAAACGCAGCUAUUGAUUCUCGGGAUGAUUUUCGCCGGACGCCGCUUUCAUGGGCUGCUGGAAACGGGCGAGAGUCUACCGUGAGGUUACUAAUUGAAAAAGAUACAAACAUUGAUCGUGGAGAUAUGUCUGGCCGGACGCCGCUUUCAUGGGCUGCUGGGAAUGGAAAGGCGGCAGUCGUCGAACUGCUGCAAGAAAACGGCGCCACAUUCUAG